GCCUACGGCACUCUCGUCAAUCUCGUUAUUCGCUCUCCAACCUUCGAGCUAGCUAGACAGGACAGUCUCCACUGCUUGUGAAACUUUGCCUUUACGGAACAUCCUUAAUAGAAUUUUAAUAUGCCGAAAAAUAAGGGAAAGGGAGGCAAAAACAGGAGGAGAGGAAAGAACGAAAACGAAACUGAAAAAAGGGAGUUGGUGUUCAAGGAAGAUGGUCAAGAAUACGCACAAGUGACAAAAAUGUUGGGAAAUGGACGGCUUGAAGCAAUGUGUUUUGAUGGAGUCAAGCGAUUAUGUCAUAUUCGAGGCAAACUGCGUAAGAAAGUUUGGAUAAAUCAAGGCGACAUUAUCCUUAUUGGUUUGCGUGACUAUCAAGAUGCCAAGGCUGAUGUUAUUCUCAAAUACACAGCUGAUGAAGCUAGAAAUUUGAAGACAUAUGGUGAAUUCCCAGAAACAGUUCGCAUCAACGACACUGUCACAUUUGUGGAAGAUGGAUUUGAUGAAGAUAUUGAGUUUGGAGAUGAAAUCAGCGACGAUGAUGAAGACGAUGUAGACAAUAUCUGAUGACCUACAAGCUGAACAGUGAAUAGAACAAAUUGAUAUAUAUAUAAGCGACUAAUCGAUAAAGACUCCACUUCUCUGCAUCUAUCGAAGAGUCAAUGUCUUAUACUUAAAUAAAUUUUCAAGUUUUUAAAUCGUAUUGCAAUCUUGUUAAUCAAAGAUUUUCAUUUGAUAGUUAUUUCUAUAAAUGCCGAGGUACUGGUUACUUUAUCAUUUGUGUGUGUUGUAUAUUGAACAAUCAUCAAGAGUGGCUUGCAAUAAGAAAAAUAUUAUUUGUAAGACUGAUAGUCUCAUUCUUUAAUUGAUAUUCUAAAAAACAAGUAUUUCAUGUAACAAAAGCUUUUUGGUUUAUAAAUGCAUUUUCCUUCAUAAACAAAUAAUUAUUUAUUUGAUGUAUACAAUUUUAUUGCUAAAAUUGUAAUUAAUAAUUUUUAAGAUAUAAUUUAUUUGAUUAUAAGAUCAGGUUUAAUAUUGCUUUGGUAUUUGAAGUUGGAGGGUAAAUGGAUUUAAUUUAUAAAUAUUUUCAAUUUAUAAUGUUAGUACGUUAUAAAAACAAUAAUAAGUUAGUUCGUUAAAACGAUGUUUAUUUUUUAAUUUCUUAGAUCAAUUAAAAUAGAAUAUCAAUUUUACAAUUGUGUGUGUCGUAUAUUGAGCAAUCAGUCAAGAGAAAAAAAAAAGAUGUAACAUACAUAUAGUUUAGGCAAUGAAGCGGAAGUCGCGUUUUUUUUGGGACAGUACGAAAUUUUUACAACGGAUAGAUAAUGAGUGUAACAAAGUACCAUCAUGCAAAGUCGAAAAUAGGUGCAAAACAUUAACCAACCGUAGAAAUCAAAGCUAU